AUGGUUCGUCUCCAACUCUCCAUCAAAGCCGAUCUCGAGAACGUAACAGACCUGCAACCGGCUUCCGAUGACUUCGAGUUCUUCUUCAAGGUGAAAUGCAAUAGCUGCAAUGAGGAGCACCCUAAGCUCGUCACUUUAAAUCGUACUGAAGAGCGUGAAGUGACGACAGGGAAAGGCAGCACGGCGCACUUUGUCUGGCGCUGUGGGCUGUGCAAGCGAGAGUCUUCCGCUAAAUUCGAGCCCAAUGAGAAGCCUAAGCCCUACACGGCCGAUGCGAACAGUCAGUUUGCCCCAUUCCUGACGAUAGAUUGUCGUGGUUUGGAGUUUGUCGGAUUUGAUCCUAAGGGAAUCUGGAAAUGCGUCGGCGUGGAGUCAGGAACUCCGUUCAACGACGUCGACCUCGAGGAGGGAGAAUGGGUCGACUAUGAUGAGAAGGCAGGAAUACCUGUGGGUGUGUCCAAUAUUGAGUCCACAUGGGCGAGAGCAUAG